AUGGCGCCGCUGCCGCCCCUUCCGGAGCGGCUGGGAAGCGGCGGGGCGGGAGCGGAUGGUCGGAUGGUGGGGUUGCCGGGGGCUCCGCGGGACAGGCCGGCAGGUGUCGGCGCUCGGCGGGCCGUGGGACUGCCCCGGGCACGGCGCUCCCCGACCGCGCCGGGGAGGGGGCGGACAGGGGCCCGUCCUGCGCCCUCGGCUUGGGCCGGCCCGGCCGUUCCUGUCCGGCUGCUGCCCUCGGUCACUCCGCCCCGGCAGGCGCUUCCUGCGAGUCAGUGUGAAACUGACAUCGCAGAACAGCGCUGGAAGACACCGCUAGCGGAGGUGCUGGCUGGGAAUAACACCUGCUCGAAAGCAAAACAAAAGAACUGUACCCCGAGUGUGACCAUAAAAUAUGAUUCUUUGCCUGCUGCACCAAACUCCUUAAGUACUUCUUUUGCCAUUUGGUCACUUGGCUUCAACUACAAUGGCGCGCCUUUGCAGCUCUUCAAGGAAUCGGCAGCACGUAACAGCCAGGCUCGUCUAUACGACACCAGGGAUCCGGGACACGUUGCGGGCAAUGUCCUUAUGAUCACCUCCGCUGCGAGAGAGGAACGCUGGGAGACACGAGCAGGAGAAGUUGCUUUAAGUCUCAUUUAUUGAAGAUUUUACAAAGGUUUUUAUAAUAUUUUACGAACAGCAUGCGAUAUUCGUAUUGGACAAAACUAUGAUUAUAGGUUGCUUACUUUGUUCUAAUUUGCUAUAGAUAU